UAUCUCUAAAUCUCUAACUAUGGGAGCAUCCUCUAUUUGGUGGAUGCUUCUAUGAGCUUUUGCUUCACAUGCCCAAAUUACCUUAAAAUGAGACUCUAUCAUCUAUUCUAUAACAGGAGCUACUAAAAAUCUUCUCUCCAUUAAGGAGGAGAGCAGAUCCAACAGUGCUGUGUUGAAAACAGAAGUUGGUGGUGGCUUUAGUCCUCCAGUUCCACUCUUAACUUUGCUGAAGAGAUCCAUGACCUUGUACAUGUUUGAUGUGUUGCAAAACUGAAAGUUGAGUUUUUGUGCUAACUAUAGCACUGUAUUGUGUUAGAGUGAAUGGAUACCUCUGAGAUCAAGUCACCUGAAGGCCCUCAACAGGGGACUCCAGGAAGCACCUCAAUGAGCAGAAAGAAGCUUGGCAUUUACUUCAUUGAGUCUGAAGAUAGAAGGAUGGCAUUUGGGCGUGGCUACACAGCAGGAUCCACUCCGGUUGAUAUCCAUGGCAAAUCCAUUGUAGAUCUUUCAAAAACGGGUGGUUGGAUUGCUGCAUUCUUUAUUUUUGGAAAUGAAAUGGCAGAAAGAAUGGCUUAUUUUGGCCUUUCAGUUAACAUGGUGGCAUUCAUGUUCUAUGUGAUGCAUAGACCUUUCACAAGUUCCUCCAAUGCAGUUAACAACUUCUUAGGGAUAUCACAAGCUUCCUCAGUGCUUGGUGGUUUUCUAGCAGAUGCAUAUCUUGGACGGUACUGGACAAUAGCUAUCUUCACCACAAUCUAUCUAGCGGGUCUAACAGGAAUAACAUUGUGUGCAACAAUGAGCAUUUUUGUACCAAACCAAGAAGAGUGUAGCCAACUUACUCUGCUUUUAGGACAAUGUGAGCCUGCAAAACCAUGGCAAAUGACCUACCUCUACACGGUUCUAUACAUCACUGCAUUUGGAGCAGCAGGUAUAAGGCCCUGUGUGUCUUCUUUUGGAGCUGACCAGUUUGAUGAAAGGAGUAAGAACUACAAGGACCAUCUUGAUAGAUUCUUCAACUUGUUCUAUCUUUCUGUGACCGUUGGGGCAAUUGUGGCGUUCACUGCAGUUGUUUAUGUUCAGAUGAAAUUUGGAUGGGGAUCUGCUUUUGGUUCAUUGGCCAUUGCAAUGGGUGUUUCUAACAUGGUAUUCUUCAUUGGCACUCCCUUGUACAGGCACAGGUUGCCAGGAGGCAGCCCUCUAACUCGUGUUGCUCAAGUUUUGGUGGCUGCAUUUCGAAAGAGAAAGGCUGCGUUUGUUAGCAGUGACUUUGUAGGCUUGUAUGAGGUUCCCGGAAGACGCUCUGCUAUCAAGGGGAGUGGCAAAAUUGCUCACACUGAUGAUUUCAGGUUUCUUGACAAGGCAGCUCUGCAAUUGAAAGAAGAUGGUGCUAAUCCAAUUCCAUGGAGGCUUUGCACUGUCACUCAAGUGGAAGAAGUGAAGAUCCUCUUGAAACUCAUUCCCAUACCAGCUUGCACAAUCAUGCUCAAUGUGAUCUUAACUGAGUUUCUAACCCUCUCAGUUCAGCAAGCAUACACAUUAAACACCCACUUGGGUCAUUUGAAACUUCCAGUAACAUGCAUGCCUGUAUUCCCUGGACUCAGCAUAUUCCUCAUAUUAUCCCUCUACUACCAAAUUUUUGUCCCCCUCUUUAGAAGAAUCACUGGUCACCCCCAUGGUGCAUCUCAACUUCAAAGGAUAGGCAUAGGCUUAGGAGUUUCUAUCUUAUCAGUGGCUUGGGCUGCAAUCUUUGAGCGGUUUAGAAGAAACUAUGCAAUAGAACAUGGGUUUGAGUUUAACUUUUUAUCAGCAAUGCCUAAUUUGAGUGCAUACUGGUUAUUGAUCCAGUACUGCCUCAUUGGUGUGGCUGAAGUGUUUUGCAUUGUUGGUUUGCUGGAAUUUCUAUAUGAGGAAGCCCCUGAUGCAAUGAAGAGUAUUGGUUCUGCUUAUGCUGCUCUUGCUGGUGGAUUAGGUUGUUUUGCAGCCACUAUCAUAAACAGCAUCAUUAAAUCUUUAACAGGUAAAGAAGGGAAAGAGUCUUGGUUGGCCCAAAACAUUAACACUGGAAGAUUUGACUACUUUUACUGGAUUCUCACAGCUUUGAGCUUGGUCAAUUUCUGCAUCUUCAUAUACUCAACACAUAGAUACAAAUACAGGACACAACAAGUUUAUGAGAUGGAGAAACAUGAUGUGGCAAACAAUGUGAGCUCCACAAGAGUGGAUAGCUAGCUGAAUAGGAAUAGAUAUGAACACAAAGUGUAGUCUCUGUUCCAUUAUAUUGUUCCCUAUAUAUUACCUUGAUUUUAUGAUUAUUUUGUUUUUAGUUACUAUGGUGAUCAAUAUAUCUAUGUGUGUGUUUGAUUCCUCUAAAAUGAAAGAUGUGCAUUAAAGUAUGGAGUUGUAGUUGUCA